GCGCGAUGUUGCGGCAUGUCUUGGCACAAGAAGGCGUCGCGGCGACGGCGCUCGAGGCCAAGGGUAUCCGCAGCUUCAAGCGGCUCGUCCAGGUCUCCGAGAUGGAGGCAGCUCAGAUCCUCGACGUCUCGACGACCGAGCUCGAGCACCUCGUGGCCCGGAUCGCGCUCCGCAGCUGCCCCAAGCCAACGCUCGCCUUUGACAUGUUUAUGAACAGCGUCAACUCGCCAUCGAGCCUCCGAACGACGCUGGCUGAGCUUGACAAAGGCAUGUACGGCGGUCUGCCCUGCGGCGCCAUCACCGAGCUCGCCGGUGUCUCUGGCAUUGGCAAGUCGCAGUUUUGCAUGCAGCUCGCGGUGCUCUGCGCGAUCGAGUAUCCCGACACGACGAUUUUGUACUUCAACAGCGGCCAGAACGUCAGCGCCAAGCGGAUCUGCGAGAUGGCGCGCGCACGGCUGUCGCCCAUGGCCUACACGACCGAGGCGGCGCUGUGUGCCAAGGUUGCAGCCAUCGCGCAGCACAUUCGCCUCGUGCCAGUCUCGACGCUCGACGAGCUCCAAACGCAUCUUGACGGUCUCGCAGCCGACUUGACGGGCAGCUGCAAAAUGCUCCUCGUCGAUUCGCUGGCGUCGCUGGCCCAAGAGAGCGGCCUUGAAAUGUCGUUGGCGAAGCGGCAGAUGCUGCUCAUGAACGUCGCCAGCAAUCUCAAGUACUUGGCUGCGGCGUACGAGGCCUUUGUGGUCGUGACCAACCACGCAACCACCAAGCACCACGACGGGGCGCCGGCGUACUCGCAUCCGGCGCUGGGUGUGGCCUGGGCCCACAGCAUCACGAUUCGCAUCAUACUGGAGCGCACGACGUCGUUUUCGCGGACGCUCACGAUUCUCAAAUCGUCCAUGUCGCCGCACAUUUCGUUUCCGUUUGAGAUUCAGCGUCAAGGUUUGGUCAUGCACCCUGCCACACGGAAUGAGGACGGGGAUGAAGACGAAGAUGCAUUUGACGAAGACAUGCUGUCGUGGGCCGACUUGCCCGUGGUCGACGACCAUGGUACCCUGCUGGCGUCCCAGUCCCAACGAAGCCUCGGCGACGAAGAUGAGGAUGAAGAUGAGGAUGAGGAUAGAGACAUGAAACCCUGCGAAACUGCGCCGGCAUCGAAUGCUGCGAGCACGCAGGCACCAAAUGCGUCGGUGAUGGACACCAUGUUUGACAUUGUCCCCGACUCGGACGAAGACGGAGACGCGUGGGCAUCUGUCCCUGGGUGGUAGCCUCGCCUAAGAACGCGAUAAUAGAUUGGGAAUAGACACGCAGCAA